CCACACCACACUUUCUCUUCCCAUCCUUUGUCUUCCUCCACAUUCUUCUCUCUUUCUUCCCCCCAAGAAAUAACACAAUUUCCCAGAUUCAAAGCUCUUUUCCUUUUUCAAAGUCUUUCAGAAGUAAACUAAAGAAUCUCAGCAAACCCUCCCUUCUUAUUCAAUAAACUCAGAGAAAAGCAAAAGUACACACUAAAACAUCAAUUUUAACUUUCUCUUCUUUUUUUUGGUAUUAUCUCUAUCACUCACUUUAAAGUCUCGUCAGCGAUUCAAAUACAAAAUCCUUCAGAAACUGCUUCACGUUUCUUCUACUGGAUCAACCUGAUGUCCCACUUCUCAUAAAAUCCAUAUUCCAAAUUUCAAAUAUAUUUCUCAGCCUUUUAUUUAUUUUCAGACAAGACUCGGCACAAUCUUGUGUUCUGCUGAUUUGUUGUUUUUAUAACACAAAAUCAUGGACAGGAAAAGAGGGUGCAAGAUCAGGAAGAGAGGUGGUUCUUCCUCCUCUUCUUCAUCUCUAGCUCGUCAAAACCGCUUCAAACGCGCAAUUUUCUCCGGUAAAAGAGCGGCACAAGACAACGGCGGCUCAGGAACUCCGGUUAAGUCCAUCUCCGCCGUUAAAACUCCCGUACUCUUGUCGUUCUCGCCGGAAAAACUCCCUAUAGAUCAGUUUCAGAAGCUACCCGUGUCAGCGAGAAAGCUGGCGGCAACCCUCUGGGAGAUCAGCGACGGUGGCACAAAUCCUGCCCUAAACUCCGACAGAGAUAACUUGAGAAGCAAGAAAACGUCGAGAAACAGAAGGAAGAAACCAACAGAGAUCUGUUCCCAUGACAUCCAGCUAAACUCAUCUGAACACAUUUCCCGUUUUGGAUCAGAGAGAAUCGUUCUUGGAGAAGAAAUGGUUCGUAAAAGAUCAACAAAUCCUCAGAAACUACAACUAAUCGAAUACAAAACCACCGGCACAAACUCGGUGAAAACUCGUUUCAAGAACGUCUACGAAGGUCUAACAACGUCUAAAGAACUCGUGAAGGUCUUAAAACGCAUCGGUAAACUCGGAGACGAUCACAAGACAGCAAACAAGCGUUUAAUAUCUGCUCUUGCUUGCGAACUAGACAGAGCAAGAUCUUCUCUAAAGCAUCUAAUAAGAGAGUUCGACACAGAGGAGGAGGAGAAUCGGAUGCUAAUAGAGAAGCUUCGAGAAGAGGCGGUGAUUGAGAGAAACCUCAGGCAAAGAACGGAGAAGAUGAACAGAAAGUUAGGGAGAGAGCUCGCGGAGGCUAAGGAGAGGGAGAGGAAGAUGAAGGAGGAGAUGGAGAGAGAGAAGAGAGCGAGGGACGUUCUCGAGGAAGUGUGUGAUGAGCUGGCGAGAGGGAUCGGUGAAGAUAAGAAAGAUAUGGAGAAAGAGAGGGAGAUGAUGCGUAUAGCUGAUGUUUUGAGGGAAGAGAGGGUUCAGAUGAAGCUUAUGGAAGCGAGGUUCGAGUUCGAGGAGAAACACGCCGCCGUGGAGAGGGUUAAGAAGGAGCUCCGGAAGGUUCUUGAUGGUCAAGGGUCGUCGGAGAUUGGUCGGGUUUUGGAAAUAAUAGAUGGUUCUGAUGAUGAUGAUGAUGAUGAAGAGGAGAGUGAUCUUAAGUCUAUUGAGCUGAACAUGGAGAGUGGAAGUAAGUGGGGUUAUGUGGAAGAUGAUGAUCCUGUGGAAAAGAGAUCAGUGGUUGUUGAUAAUGGGGAGAGAGAUGAAUCUUUGAAGACUCUAAAAGAGUACAUUGUUUCUAAUAUGAGAUUCAUGGGUUCCUCAUCGUCAGAGCAGUGGAAUCAUCGGCACUUACCGAGCGUGGAGUUUGUGUAAUCACCGGAGCUUAGAGCCGGCAAGAAAAAAAAAAGUAUCAAUUUUUUUUUAAAUGUGUAUAUAUAUAUUUCAUUAUAUGUGUUUAAUUCAGAUUAAUUUUUGGAUUUAAUAUUGGAAACAAAUAUCUUGACUGUCAUAAGUUUGAUAUAAAACACUAUAAAUUAACAUGUCUUAGCC